AAAAUAUAAAUUGGUUUGUAAAAUUUGAUAGUUUUGUGUUUUUGUUUAAAGUUGACUCCAAACUUUCUGGCGAACUUCAGAACUUUCCAUUAAGUGAAGUAGAAUGUAAAGCAAUUCUAUUUCCUUAUAAUUCUCAAUCUGUAUUGAUUCCUAUUCUACACGCCUGUUUUUAAUACCUUUUUUUAUUUAUUUUUUAUUUACACAUGAGGAAAACUAUAUAGCAUGUCUUCUUCACCGAGCCCACCAAAAAAAAUAAAACGCAUAACAUUAACACCCUAUUCUGAAAACAUACCUACAUCAAAUACUAACCUCAAUGAUGUUUUAAAGACAAUUGAGGGUGUCAAAAAGGAUGCAGAAUCCUUACAAAACCAAUUUAACGUCCUUCAAGGACAGAUCAAGUUUGUUGCAGAAGCACUGGCGGAAAAUAAAGAAUUAUUGACCAAAAUUUUAAAGCAAACAUACGAAGAAAUUCCGGUAAUACAGAAGUUUCCAAUAAAAUCUGAAGAACAAUUAAUUGAAAUUGACAAGGAAAUAAAUGCUGAAAAUAGAAAUCAAUAUAUAAAAGCAAUGAGAUCAAUGCUAGAACCAGCCGGGGUUCACAAAAACUUAAAAUGCAUCCUAAACGACAAUGUUACCAUGGCCUACAAUGUCGACGGUGUUCAAGGGAAGAAAAGUUUUAAACAACUUAACAACUUUUAUGGUGUUCUGUUAGAAGCGGUCUCAAUGGCCAAAACAAAUAAUAUUGGUCCAGCGGAUGACCAAAUUCGGAAGGCAUUUCAAUUGCAGAAAAGGAGAAUUUUUAAAAAUAUAUCGGUGCAAAGACAUGCUGAUCAAAAAUAAGCCAGACAAAUAAUUUUCAGACGUUUAUUUUCAUUAUUUGAAGUAUUUUUGGUUUUGUUUUAAAUAAAUAAUUUUGUAUUUUUUGAAUUAAA